AUGUGGUGGUGGAAAUUUUUGGUGGCUGCUUUCGCUGGAACAGUACAUGCGGCUUCCCGAGAUCAAUGGCUCAGUCGGUCUAUCUACCAACUGGUUACCGAUCGCUACGCUCGAUCCGAUAACUCAACUACCGCUGCUUGUAACGCAGGACUGGGAGAAUAUUGUGGUGGUAGUUUUCAGGGCAUCAUAUACAAGCUGGAUUAUAUUCAGGAACUGGGAUUUGAUGCAGUUUGGAUUUCUCCAGCGCAACAACAGGAGUCAACUCGCACGGCGGAUCUCUCAGCAUACCACGGAUACUGGCCAAACGAUCUGUAUGCAAUCAAUUCUCAUUUUGGUACUUCCCAUGACCUCCAGACGUUAUCCGCAGCGCUGCACGCGCGUGGCAUGUACCUCAUGCUGGAUGUUGUGGUGGGUGACAUGGCUUGGGCUGGGAACGCAUCCACCGUCGACUAUAGCACGUUCAAUCCAUUCAAUGAUCAGAAGUAUUUCCACGAAUACGAGCUCCUUUCCGAAGACCCCACAAAUGAAACUUGUGUUCUGGACUGCUGGAUGGGAGACAACACCAUAUCGCUUCCGGAUCUGCGAAACGAGGACGAAGAUGUUCAGCAGAUUCUGGGUACCUGGGUUUCGCAGUUGGUUUCGAACUACUCCAUUGAUGGCUUGCGAAUCGACAGCGUUUUAAAUAUUGCGCCCGCCUUUUUUUCCAACUUCAGCAAAUCAGCAGAUGUCUUCACAAUGGGCGAAGGCGCUACUGAAGACGCAUCCGGCUAUUGUUCCCUGCAGCCCAGUCUAGACGGACUUUUGAAUUAUCCGUUGUAUUAUAUCCUGUCGGACGCCUUCAACACGAGCAACGGUGACCUGAACACGAUUGUACAGUCUAUAGACUACAUAAGGACACAGUGCGAGGACGUAUUACCCUUGGGAACGUUCACAUCGAAUCAAGAUGUCCCUCGCUUUGGCUCGUAUACUUCAGAUAUAUCGCUGGCUCGCAACAUUCUCACAAUCAGCAUGCUCACCGACGGAAUCCCAAUCCUAUACUACGGGGAAGAACAGCAUCUUUCGGGUGGAUACAACCCUGUCAAUCGGGAAGCCCUGUGGCUUACGAAGUACUCAAUGAAGUCAACCUCUCUCCCUGUGCUAGUCCAAUCGCUAAAUCGCAUCCGAUCAUAUGCGAGCGGCGACGGAAAAAAUCAUACGGUCGCUCCAAAGUCGGGGACCGACUAUUUAUCGUAUCUCUCUUUUCCGAUCUACAACACAACAAACAUAUUGGUCAUGCGCAAAGGAUUUACUGGUAACCAGGUUGUGAGCGUGGUAUCCAACCUGGGAGCCAAGCCAGCAAGUAAUGCCACCACCAAAUUUACGCUUGGCUCCGACGGCACAGGAUUUUCAUCUGGACAAAAUGUGACCGAGGUCCUGUCUUGCAAAACCUUUAUGGUUGAUUCAAGUGGAGAUCUCAGUGUCGAUCUCAGCUCGGAUGGAGGGCCUCGGGUGUUCUAUCCUACUGAAAGCCUGAAUCAAAGCACCAUUAUUUGUGGAAAUCACACCCAGAAAUCUUCAGCCUCCUCGGGAAGACCAAAGACUGGGAAUGGAAUUUCUUUAUUUGGUUUGUUGAUGGAUAUUAGGGUAUUGAUAUUCCCAGCUGCUUUGACCGCCUCGUACGGUUCCAUAUACUUCUAG